ACAAAAAACAUUGCCAUUUUGAAUGAGGAGCAAUCUCAGCCGUCGGAUGAGAAAAGGCCGCUCUUUCCUCCAAAAUCUCUUAUACCAACCAAACUCUUUCUCUCUUUGAGAAAAUUUUGAAAUCUAAUUGCGAGAAGAAGAUGUCGUCGAGGAUGAGAUCACCUUACCUGAAACCACCGCUUCCUAAAUCUCCGAUCCGUCUCCGAUCACGCCAGGUCCUCCUCUCCAACUCUUCUUCUUCGACACUGCAAACACCACCAGGCAUGACGAAGCCGGGACGAAGGUUAAGCCAUGGAGAUGUGGAAGCUAAGCUCUCGGUCGAGUCAGAGGAUGUGAAAACCAGAGCUGAGGCGUCGAAUCUGGAGAAUUUGGCUGCAGAUUCGGCUCCGUUGGUGUUCGAGAGAGGGAGGUUCUACGAAGAGUAUUCGGCGAGGAGGAACGAGCGAUUGAAGAGGAAGAACGGAGGAGAAGAAUCUGUAGUCAAAGGAACUCCUUAUAAUCUCGGAGUCGAGCCUAUAACCACCAAGAGAAGAGUAACCGCCAAGAAGAAGACCACUGUUGAGACAACAAAGCCGAGGUAUUCUCUGAGGAGCAUGAGCAUGAGCAUGACCAAGGAGAACAAGAAGCCUCCUCCUCCUCUUCCUAUUAAUGUUGCUGUAACUAGUUCCAAGAAGAAAAGUGUUACCACUACUAUGAGGGGUAGAAGAAUCUGAUGUUGCUUUCGGAAUUUCCAUGUAAAAACCCAUGAAUCUUCUUUGUUUUGUUUUUGUUUUUCUCAGUUACUCAUACAUUCAGAUCAGCUUAUCUAUAUCACUACUUAUAUUA